AUGCGGGCGCCGCGCGCGAGCCAGAGGGUCUGCUGUUGCAGAGGCGAGCGGUUGCAGGAGGUGCAGGCGGAAAGGCUGGCCCGGAUCAACGGCCAGGCAGGCGGCUUCGUUGCAGUUGGGGUGCAGGACUUGGUGAGCGAUGCGGGCUGCGGGCAUGCACUGGUCUUCGGAGAGCGGGUGCUCGGGCUUGCCUUGCAUGAGGUGCGCGGCCACUUUGUUGGGCAGGUCCUGGCUGCAUGCCCAGGACAGCCAGGCCUUGCGCAAGGCUUGCAGGGGCGGGGUUUGCCAGCGCGGGGUGGAGUGAUCGGCCGUGCUGCGCAGGCCUGCGCCGUCACAAACCCCCCAGCAGGCAUGCUGGCGCGGGCGCAGCGCGGGCGCUGCAGUGCAGAGUGGAAGUUUGGCUGUGCUCUGUGUGAGCAGCGGCGCUAUGCUGGCGGCGAGGGCGGCGAGCAGCGUGGCGGGGUAGGCAAUGGCCGCAACAUGAGCGCCGGAGGCUUGCAAUGCGUGAAUAAGUGCGGGAUCGAGCCAGACGGUACUGGCGGGAUGUGCUUGCAGGAAAAGGUUGCCGCCGGCAGCAUUGGUAGCACGCACGAGCGCGAGGCAGUUUCGCAGGCAUUGACAUGCCUUCAGGAUGAGAGGCGCUGCGCAGGGCAGAGGCUGGCGAGGCGCAGUGUGCAGGUGGCAUCCAGGCUGGCGAAGGUGCCGGCCACCGGCGGUGUCGUAAGGCAGCCUUUGCUGGCCAAGGCUUGGGUGAGCGGGCUCUGCUGGCCACCGAAGAGUUCGCAGAAGGGCGGGUUGCGCCGGCGGGAGAAGGGGCGGCGCAGGCGGCGGGGGGAGAGAGGGGCCGCGCGAGAGCGAGGGCAGGCAACUGUGAUGACGCAGCGGGCGCUGCGGUCGCGGAGCUGGCGUUGUGGGAGAAGGCUUGCGCAGGCUGUGAAGGCAGGCUAA